UGACGAAUCUCACAGGCCCGCCGGAUGCACGACAGGAACCGCCAACAACGGCAAGCCGACAUCAGCAUUCCUAAACCAAUCAAUCCAGACCCCAGACAUCGACCUGCCUUAACCAUGCUGCCUCGAGAGAACAUGGCGUCAGCAUUUAGCUGUCAGCACUAAAGCACCAGCGUCAUACUCCCUCUGUCCCCGCCAUCAGCAACACUCCAUCACCACACCAUGGCCAGCGACAACGCCCUCUCCGUCCAGCGCGGCAACUACGCCUGGACGCUGCCAGGCCCUCUCCUCAUGAUCGCCGGCCGCCUCGUCUGCAUCCCCCUGCAGUACGCCAUCAUCACCGCGCUGCCCAGCACGCCCACAGACCUCUCCUUCUGGCCCGCCGCACUCCCCGCCCCGCCCGGCCCCCUCGCCGUCUUCCUCGGCAUGACCGCCGUCCUCGUCCUCAAGCAGUCCAUCUGGGUCCUCUACAUCUGCAACGAAGCCGUGACACUCCCCUUCGCGCUGUUCGCCGGCAUCGCCGACUUCAUGUACGAAAGCAUCUGCGCCGCCGUGUUCACGCGCGCGCCCUCGAUCCCGCUCUGGCGCCCGUGGAUGCUGUACGCCGGCGCGGCAGUGCAUGCGAGCGCCGCCCUCGCCGAGCUGGCCGCCGAGCUGCAGCGCAAGCGGUUCAAGGCCUCCCCGCGCAAUGCCGGGAAGCUGUGCGCCAGCGGCCUGUGGGGGGUCGUCCGGCAUCCGAAUUUCGCGCUCAACGUUGUGUAUGGCGCUGCGUAUGGGUUUGCGACCGCCGGGCCGCUGUUUGCGGGGGCCCCGGUGGCAAUGUAUCUCAGCAAUUUCUGCUACAAUGCGAUUCCGCCCAAGGAGGCGUAUUUGAAGGGCAAGUAUGGCGACGAGUGGGAGGGGUAUCGGCGGGUGGUAAGGUGGAAGUUGUUUCCUGGUGUGUAUUAGGGGUUGUCGGGGGAUGUAGAGCAGGAGAUGGAGGGUUGGAGGCGGGAGGAAGUUGUCAAGGACGAAUAACGACAUGCAGGUUCGAAUCAUAUGUCAGUGUGAAGUUGGGAUAAUGAUGUCUAAAUAUGCAGAUGCCACUGCCCAGAAGCUGACAAUAGCACGUACCAUGGUACUAUAAUGUACCUGCAUGUUUAGUUAGAGUCCAUGUUGCCCUUACAGCACGUCAAACCAGACAUAUGCAGACACUCAGGGUUUUCCCGCUUCUCUGUCACAAUUCUGACAGGCGCUGAUGUUUAUGACGUUAGAAUAGUCGACGACGCAUAAGAUCCACUUGAGUUCAACAGUGCUUGGAAUUGCAAACAUUUAUUUCUUAUUGGGCCUUUAAGAAUAUGAACGCGAAUCGAGUGUAAGAGUGUC